AUGGACGAAGAUCCAAUCAUGCCACCAUCUGGGACGCCUACGCAUCCCAUAGACAUUUCCAGUGGUUUAAAUUCUUAUGCGGGAUUGCCUUAUCAAGUCCCCGGUGAAUGGGCCGAAUGGUGGGGAAGAUACAAGUGGGAGUUUACUCCCUCUUAUCACAACACACCACCACCACCUCCACCAGAGGAACCAUAUCUGCAAGCAGUGACACCGCCACCACCAUCAGUGGAGGAACAACCACCUCCAGAACCACCAAGGAGGAGGAGAAACGCACGAAUGUCCGUGCGAGGGGGCCCACGAAUUAGUUCCCCCCAAGCUUCAAGCAACUAUCCCCCUAUUCUUGAGGAUCCACAAAUGGGUGGACCCUCAAAUGUCGCGCCGAUGAUUGACACCACACUGGCUACUUUUGCAUUACCGCCGCCGCCAAUGGGUUUUGAAAACCCAAUCCCUACCUACCCAGAUGCGACUGGGUAUAACCCGUUUGAACCAUCAGCUCCUACGGGUUACAACUAUCAAGCACCUCCAUACGACCCUUAUGUUGAGGUGGCCAUUCAUAACGCCAUGUAUCCUUCGCCUUUUUCCUCCAGCAUACCCAACUAG